UCGAUCACCAGACACAACACAGUCAUGAACUCCAAGGUCCUCCUCUUGCUGGGUGUAGUAUCAUUGGCUGCUGCCGACAGCCGCCCCUCCUACUCCUACAGAGGACCUCACGGAUCCUCUGAGGAGUCUUACGAGUCUAGUGAGGCUCAGUACAACUUCAACUACGCAGUGGACCACGUCCCCUCCGGCAAUGACUUCGGUCACCAGGAAGCCCGCGACGGUGACGACACCCAGGGGUUGUACUACGUGCAGCUUCCCGACGGUCGUCGUCAGACUGUGACUUACAACGUGGACGGUGACUCAGGCUACAUCGCUGAUGUCAAGUACGACGGAGAGGCUCGCUAUCCUGACUCAUACGAGUCCUUUGAGUCCUUCGAGUCCUUCGAGUCCCGGGAGUCUCCCCGCUACGCCCCACCCAGGAGGGUGUACGGCUGAGCCUUAUGUCUCCUGAUUCUGCUGCUGACCACCACCUCCAGACUCCCAGUGACUAGUGUUGUGACAUGAAGUUAUGGGUAUUUAUAUUGUCUAAAUUAUAUCAUAUUUAUUUUAUCUAUUAAAUUAUUUUGCAUCA